AUGCGCCAAUCCAUCAUGUUUGGCGCUUCACCAACAAACCAGUUGACGAGUUGUACGCAACGAGACGAUGUCGCAGUAGCGUCUCAAGCGUUGACUUUUGUUGAAUGUCGAGACACAACACAGUAUCCGUCCACCAGUCUCUUGUCAGGUCCUUGCAUUUGUGCCUUCGUCUGUGACAAGUGUCCCCAGCCUUGGGCUCUCCGGAAAUUUGCUGCAUUGUGGUACCAACCAGAGGAGGAUGACAUCAUUCUCAUUUUCAAGGCGUCACAUUCACCCACAUCACUGAUUGGUAGAACGGAGUGUCCUCACUACGCAGUGCCAGAUAAGAGGAUGUCGCGUCAACAACUCCUCACUUCUAUGCCAGCUCGAGAUCCAACAAGUGCCGUAGGUAGGGCCAGAGUGGCCUGCUCUUCUGCUACAGAAGCGGCAGCGGCAGCAGCAGUAGCAAGACAAUUUAUAAUGAACGUCCUCAUCCUUAUUCUAUCGCGCUUGCAUAUGCGCAAGCAGCUCUUCACUGCCACGUGUAGGCAUGGCGGUUUUCAAAGUAGGACCCCAUCACUUGGUGAUUCGUCACUAGACUCGAGUUGGUUAGGUCAUUUAUUGCGGCUAGCCGUUGUUGCUAGCAGCACCGAGAUUCUCACGGACUUCGUUCCGCUCAUGAGAAUGAGCCUUCAAGCUAGACAAACGGGUGAUCUGCACGGGGAGGCGAAGGCGUGUGCCAACCUGAGCACCUGUUUCAAGAUGAUUGAGAAGUACCCGGAGGCGGUCCUCUGUGCCAAACGUCAACUGGAGAUUUGUCGCAGAUUCAAUGACAAGGCGGCAAUAGCGCGGGCUCUCCAUAACCUGGGCAAUGCGUACCACGCAAAAGGUCGCCAGUUUCUCCAAUUUUCAGGCACAGAUCAACUCGGCGAGUUUACCAGUGAGGCCAAACAGGAUCAGGAGAAGGCGCUCGCCUGCUUUCAACAAACGGGUGAUCUGCACGGGGAGGCGAAGGCGUGUGCCAACCUGAGCACCUGUUUCAAGAUGAUUGAGAAGUACCCGGAGGCGGUCCUCUGUGCCAAACGUCAACUGGAGAUUUGUCGCAGAUUCAAUGACAAGGCGGCAAUAGCGCGGGCUCUCCAUAACCUGGGCAAUGCGUACCACGCAAAAGGUCGCCAGUUUCUCCAAUUUUCAGGCACAGAUCAACUCGGCGAGUUUACCAGUGAGGCCAAACAGGAUCAGGAGAAGGCGCUCGCCUGCUUUCAGUAA